AUGUCCGGAUCUGACCAUAAUUUGACUGGGAUUAUCCUGAUAAUCGAUCUAAUAAUGUAUCGUCCUUCAAGCGCGUACAACGCUCCAUUUUACACCACAAACGGUGGUGCUCCAGUCUCGAACAACAUCUCCUCCCUCACCAUCGGAGAAAGAGGUCCGGUUCUUCUUGAGGAUUACCAUCUGAUCGAGAAAGUUGCCAAUUUCACCAGGGAGAGGAUCCCUGAGAGAGUGGUUCACGCCAGAGGAAUCAGUGCCAAGGGCUUCUUUGAGGUCACACAUGACAUUUCAGACCUCACUUGUGCUGAUUUCCUCAGAGCACCUGGUGUUCAAACUCCGGUCAUCGUCCGUUUCUCCACCGUCGUUCACGAGCGUGCCAGCCCUGAAACCAUGAGGGACAUUCGUGGGUUCGCCGUUAAGUUCUACACCAGAGAGGGGAACUUCGAUCUUGUUGGGAACAACACUCCGGUGUUCUUCAUCCGUGACGGGAUUCAAUUCCCGGAUGUCGUCCACGCCCUGAAACCUAACCCGAAAACGAACAUCCAGGAGUACUGGAGGAUACUGGACUACAUGUCCCACUUGCCAGAGAGUUUGCUCACAUGGUGCUGGAUGUUUGACGAUGUUGGUAUUCCGCAAGAUUACAGGCACAUGGAAGGUUUCGGUGUCCACACCUACACUCUCGUUUCCAAAUCCGGGAAAGUUCUCUUCGUCAAGUUCCACUGGAAACCCACUUGUGGGAUCAAGAAUCUGACUGAUGAAGAGGCUAAGGUGGUUGGAGGAGCCAAUCACAGCCACGCAACCAAAGAUCUCCACGACGCCAUUGCGUCCGGUAACUACCCUGAGUGGAAGCUUUUCAUCCAGACGAUGGAUCCUGCGGAUGAGGACAAGUUUGAUUUCGACCCGCUUGAUGUGACCAAGAUCUGGCCUGAGGAUAUCUUGCCUCUGCAGCCUGUUGGCCGCUUGGUUCUGAACAGGACCAUUGACAACUUCUUCAAUGAGACCGAGCAGCUCGCUUUCAACCCUGGUCUUGUGGUUCCUGGCAUCUACUACUCAGACGACAAGCUGCUCCAGUGUAGGAUCUUUGCCUACGGUGACACUCAGAGACAUCGUCUUGGACCGAACUAUCUGCAAUUACCGGUCAAUGCUCCCAAAUGCGCUCACCACAACAAUCACCAUGAAGGUUUUAUGAACUUCAUGCACAGAGAUGAGGAGAUCAAUUACUACCCAUCAAAGUUUGACCCCGUCCGCUGCGCCGAGAAAGUUCCUAUCCCUACCAAAUCCUACACUGGAAUCCGAACAAAGUGCGUCAUCAAGAAGGAGAACAACUUCAAGCAGCCUGGAGAAAGAUACAGAUCCUGGGCACCAGACAGGCAAGACCGGUUUGUUAAGAGAUGGGUUGAGAUUCUGUCGGAGCCGCGUCUCACUCACGAGAUCCGCAGCAUCUGGAUCUCUUACUGGUCUCAGGCUGAUCGAUCUCUGGGACAGAAACUUGCAAGCCGUCUCAACUAUCCAGCCAAAAGCAAAGACGAGAUCAUACUCCAUCAUCAUCCACACUCUCGUCCUUCAAGCGCUCAUGAUUCGAGCUUCUUCACUACAAACUCGGGUGCUCCAGUCUGGAACAACAACUCUUCCUUGACUGUUGGAACCAGAGGUCCGAUUCUUUUGGAGGACUACCAUCUGCUGGAGAAAAUCGCCAACUUCGACAGGGAGCGGAUUCCUGAGAGGGUGGUUCAUGCUAGAGGUGCAAGUGCCAAGGGUUUCUUUGAAGUCACUCAUGACAUUACACAGUUUACUUGCGCCGAUUUUCUCCGAGGACCUGGUGUUCAGACUCCUGUUAUUGUUCGUUUCUCAACUGUCAUCCACGAGCGUGGCAGCCCCGAGACUCUCAGAGAUCCUCGUGGCUUUGCUGUCAAGUUUUACACCAGAGAGGGGAACUUUGAUCUUGUUGGGAACAACUUCCCUGUCUUCUUCGUCCGAGAUGGGAUGAAGUUCCCUGACAUGGUCCAUGCGCUGAAACCGAAUCCCAAAUCCCACAUUCAGGAGAACUGGAGGAUACUGGACUUCUUCUCCCACCACCCGGAGAGUCUGCACAUGUUCUCGUUCCUCUUUGACGAUCUCGGUAUCCCUCAGGACUACAGGCACAUGGAAGGCGCUGGGGUCAACACUUACAUGCUAAUCAACAAAGCUGGAAAAGCUCACUAUGUCAAGUUCCACUGGAAACCGACUUGUGGGGUUAAAUGCCUGUUGGAUGAGGAAGCCAUCACGGUUGGAGGAUCCAACCACAGCCACGCCACUAAGGAUCUCUACGACUCCAUCGCGGCCGGGAACUAUCCAGAGUGGAACCUCUUCGUUCAAGUGAUGGAUCCUGCCCAUGAAGACAAGUUCGAUUUCGACCCGCUUGAUGUGACCAAGAUCUGGCCUGAAGAUCUCUUGCCUCUGCAGCCUGUUGGACGCUUGGUCUUGAACAAGAACAUCGACAACUUCUUCAACGAGAAUGAGCAGAUCGCUUUCUGCCCUGCUCUCGUGGUUCCUGGCAUCCAUUACUCAGACGAUAAACUGCUCCAGACCCGGAUCUUCUCCUACGCCGAUAGUCAGAGGCACCGUCUUGGACCAAACUAUCUGCAGCUACCUGUCAAUGCCCCUAAAUGCGCUCACCACAACAAUCACCAUGAAGGUCUUAUGAACUUUAUGCACAGGGAUGAGGAGGUCAAUUACUUCCCUUCGAGGUUGGAUCCGGUUCGCCAUGCCGAAAAAUACCCUACAACUCCUAUUGUCUGCUCUGGAAAUCGUGAGAAGGUCUGCAUAAUUGGGAAGGAGAACAACUUCAAGCAGCCAGGGGAAAGAUACCGGUCCUGGGAUUCAGACAGGCAAGAGCGGUUCGUGAAGCGUUUUGUUGAAGCGCUUGCCGAGCCUCGUGUGACGCACGAAAUCCGCAGCAUUUGGAUCUCUUACUGGUCUCAGGCAGACAAAUCUCUGGGACAGAAACUAGCGACUCGUCUUAACGUGAGGCCAAACUUUUGA